AUGGCGGCGGCGGCGGGCGGCGGCAGUUGCCCCGGGCCUGGCUCCGCGCGGGGCCGCUUCCCGGGCCGGCCGCGGGGCGCCGGCGGGGGCGGGGGCCGCGGCGGACGGGGCAACGGGGCCGAAAGAGUGCGGGUAGCUCUGCGGCGCGGCGGUGGCGCGACGGGGCCGGGCGGAGCCGAGCCCGGGGAGGACACGGCCCUGCUCCGUUUGCUGGGGCUCCGCCGGGGCCUGCGCCGGCUCCGCCGCCUGUGGGCCGGCCCGCGGGUCCAGCGGGGCCGGGGCCGGGGUCGGGGCCGGGGCUGGGGUCCGAGUCGGGGCUGCGUGCCGGAGGAGGAGAGCAGUGACGGGGAAUCCGACGAGGAGGAGUUUCAGGGUUUUCAUUCAGAUGAAGAUGUGGCCCCCAGUUCCCUGCGCUCUGCGCUCCGAUCCCAGCGAGGUCGAGCGCCCCGAGGUCGGGGUCGCAAGCAUAAGACGACCCCCCUUCCACCUCCUCGCCUAGCAGAUGUGGCUCCUACCCCCCCAAAGACCCCUGCCCGGAAACGGGGUGAGGAAGGCACAGAACGGAUGGUGCAGGCACUGACUGAACUUCUCCGGCGGGCCCAGGCACCCCCAGCACCCCGGAGCCGGGCGUGUGAGCCCUCCACCCCCCGGCGGUCUCGGGGACGGCCCCCAGGACGGCCAGCAGGCCCCUGCAGGAGGAAGCAGCAAGCAGUAGUGGUGGCAGAAGCAGCUGUGACAAUCCCCAAACCUGAGCCCCCACCUCCUGUGGUUCCAGUGAAACACCAAACUGGCAGCUGGAAGUGUAAGGAGGGACCCGGCCCAGGACCUGGGACCCCCAAGCGUGGAGGACAGUCAAGCCGCGGAGGCCGUGGAGGCAGGGGCCGAGGCCGAGGUGGUGGGCUCCCUUUUGUGAUCAAGUUUGUUUCAAGGGCCAAAAGAGUAAAGAUGGGACAAUUGUCCUUGGGACUCGAAUCAGGUCAGGGUCAAGGUCAACAUGAGGAAACUUGGCAGGAUGCCCCCCAAAGAAGAGUUGGAUCUGGACAGGGAGGGAGCCCUUGCUGGAAAAAGCAGGAACAGAAGCUGGAUGACGAGGGAGAAGAGAAGAAAGAAGAAGAAGAAAAAGACAAGGAGGAGGGAGAAGAGAAGGAAGAAAGAGCUGUAGCUGAGGAGACGAUGCCAGCCGUGGAAAAGGAAGAGACAAAGCUGCCACCACCGCCUCUGACUCCUCCAGCCCCUUCACCUCCUCCGCCCCUCCCACCCCCUUCAACAUCUCCUCCACCCCCACUCUGCCCUCCACCACCACCCCCAGUGUCCCCACCACCUCUACCAUCCCCUCCACCGCCUCCUGCCCAAGAGGAGCAGGAAGAGUCACCUCCUCCUGUGGUCCCAGCUACGUGCUCCAGGAAGAGGGGCCGGCCUCCCCUGACUCCCAGCCAGCGGGCGGAGCGGGAAGCUGCUCGGGCAGGGCCAGAGGGUACCUCUCCUCCCACUCCAACCCCCAGCACCACCACGGGAGGCCCUCCGGAAGACAGUCCCACCGUGGCCCCCAAAAGCACCACCUUCCUGAAGAAUAUCCGGCAGUUUAUUAUGCCUGUGGUGAGUGCCCGCUCCUCCCGUGUCAUCAAGACACCCCGGCGAUUUAUGGAUGAAGACCCCCCCAGGCCCCCAAAGGUGGAGGUCUCACCUGUCCUGCGACCUCCCAUCACCACCUCCCCACUUGUUCCCCAGGAACCAGCACCAGUCCCCUCUCCACCACGUGCCCCAACUCCUCCAUCUACCCCAGUCCCACUCCCUGAGAAGAGACGGUCCAUCCUAAGGGAACCCACAUUUCGCUGGACCUCACUGACCCGGGAGCUGCCCCCUCCUCCCCCAGCCCCUCCACCUCCCCCGGCCCCCUCCCCACCCCCUGCUCCAGCCACCUCCUCCCGGAGGCCCCUACUCCUUCGGGCCCCUCAGUUUACCCCAAGCGAAGCCCACCUGAAGAUCUACGAAUCGGUGCUUACUCCUCCUCCUCUUGGGGCUCCUGAAGCCCCUGAGCCAGAGCCUCCUCCUGCCGAUGACUCUCCAGCUGAGCCUGAGCCUCGGGCAGUGGGCCGCACCAACCACCUCAGCCUGCCUCGAUUCGCCCCUGUGGUCGCCACUCCUGUUAAGGCCGAGGUGUCCCCUCAUGGGGCUCCAGCUCUGAGCAACGGGCCACAGACACAGGCUCAGCUACUGCAGCCCCUGCAGGCCUUGCAAACCCAGCUCCUGCCCCAGGCGCUACCACCACCACAGCCACAGCUGCAGCCACCGCCGUCACCACAGCAGAUGCCUCCCCUGGAAAAAGCCCGGAUUGCAGGCCUGGGUUCCUUGCCGCUGUCUGGGGUAGAGGAGAAGAUGUUCAGCCUCCUCAAGAGAGCCAAAGUGCAGCUAUUCAAGAUCGACCAGCAGCAGCAGCAGAAGGUGGCAGCUUCCAUGCCGCCAAGCCCUGGGGGGCCGAUGGAGGAGGUGGCCGGGGCUCUCAAGCAGGUCUCCGACAGAGGCCCUGUCCGGCCCGAAGAUGAGUCGGUGGAAGCUAAGAGAGAGCGGCCCUCGGGUCCUGAGUCACCUGUGCAAGGUCCCCGCAUCAAACAUGUCUGCCGUCAUGCUGCUGUGGCUCUGGGUCAGGCCCGGGCCAUGGUGCCCGAAGAUGUCCCUCGCCUCAGUGCCCUCCCUCUCCGGGAUCGGCAGGACCUCGCCACAGAGGAUACAUCAUCGGCGUCUGAGACUGAGAGUGUCCCGUCACGGUCCCGGCGGGGAAAGGUGGAGACGGCAGGCCCUGGGGGAGACUCAGAGCCCGCAGGGUCUGGAGGGACCCUGGCCCACACACCCCGGCGCUCACUGCCCUCCCAUCACGGCAAGAAGAUGCGAAUGGCUCGAUGUGGACACUGUCGGGGCUGCCUACGUGUGCAGGACUGUGGGUCCUGUGUCAACUGCCUAGACAAGCCCAAGUUUGGGGGCCCCAACACCAAGAAGCAGUGCUGUGUAUACCGGAAGUGUGACAAAAUAGAGGCUCGGAAGAUGGAACGACUGGCUAAAAAAGGCCGGACGAUAGUGAAGACGCUGUUGCCCUGGGAUUCCGAUGAAUCUCCUGAGGCCUCCCCUGGUCCUCCAGGCCCACGCCGGGGGGCGGGAGCUGGGGGGCCCCGGGAGGAGGUGGUGGCCCCCCCAGGGCCCGAGGAGCAGGACUCCCUCCUGCAGCGCAAGUCAGCCCGGCGCUGCGUCAAACAGCGACCCUCCUAUGAUAUCUUCGAGGAUUCGGAUGACUCGGAGCCCGGGGGCCCCCCUGCUCCUCGGCGUCGGACCCCCCGAGAAAAUGAGCUGCCGCUGCCAGAACCUGAGGAGCAGAGCCGGCCCCGCAAACCCACCCUGCAGCCUGUGUUGCAGCUCAAGGCCCGAAGGCGCCUGGACAAGGAUGCUUUGGCCCCUGGCCCCUUUGCUUCUUUUCCCAAUGGCUGGACUGGAAAGCAGAAGUCUCCUGAUGGUGUGCACCGCGUCCGUGUGGAUUUUAAGGAGGAUUGUGAUUUAGAGAACGUGUGGCUGAUGGGGGGCCUGAGUGUGCUCACCUCUGUGCCAGGGGGCCCCCCGAUGGUGUGCUUGCUGUGUGCCAGCAAAGGACUCCACGAGCUGGUGUUCUGCCAAGUCUGCUGUGACCCUUUCCACCCAUUCUGCCUGGAGGAGGCCGAGCGGCCCCUGCCCCAGCAUCACGACACCUGGUGCUGCCGUCGCUGCAAGUUCUGCCACGUCUGUGGACGCAAAGGCCGCGGAUCCAAGCACCUCCUGGAGUGCGAGCGCUGCCGCCAUGCUUACCACCCGGCCUGUCUGGGGCCCAGCUAUCCAACCCGGGCCACGCGCAAACGGCGCCACUGGAUCUGUUCAGCCUGUGUGCGCUGUAAGAGCUGUGGGGCAACUCCAGGCAAGAACUGGGACGUCGAGUGGUCUGGAGAUUACAGCCUCUGCCCCAGGUGCACCCAGCUAUAUGAGAAAGGAAACUACUGUCCGAUCUGCACACGCUGCUAUGAAGACAACGACUACGAGAGCAAGAUGAUGCAGUGCGCACAGUGUGAUCACUGGGUACAUGCCAAGUGCGAGGGGCUCUCAGAUGAAGACUACGAGAUCCUUUCAGGACUGCCAGACUCGGUGCUCUACACCUGCGGACCGUGUGCUGGGGCAGCACAGCCCCGCUGGCGAGAGGCCCUGAGCGGGGCCCUCCAGGGGGGCCUGCGCCAGGUGCUCCAGGGCCUGCUGAGCUCCAAGGUGGCGGGCCCACUGCUGCUCUGCACCCAGUGUGGGCCGGAUGGGAAGCAGCUGCACCCAGGACCCUGCGGCCUGCAAGCUGUGAGUCAGCGCUUCGAGGAUGGCCACUACAAGUCUGUGCACAGCUUUAUGGAGGACAUGGUGGGCAUCCUCAUGCGGCACUCAGAGGAGGGAGAGACCCCAGAGCGCCGGGCUGGAGGCCAGAUGAAGGGGCUCCUGCUGAAGCUGCUAGAAUCUGCGUUCGGCUGGUUCGACGCCCACGACCCCAAGUACUGGCGACGGAGUACCCGGCUGCCAAACGGAGUCCUUCCCAACGCGGUGUUGCCCCCAUCCCUGGAUCAUGUCUAUGCGCAGUGGAGACAGCAGGAACCAGAGACCCCAGAAUCAGGGCAGCCUCCAGGGGAUCCCUCAGCAGCAUUCCAGGGCAAGGAUCCGGCUGCCUUCUCACACCUGGAGGACCCCCGUCAGUGUGCACUCUGUCUCAAAUACGGGGAUGCAGACUCCAAGGAGGCGGGGCGGCUCCUGUACAUCGGGCAGAAUGAGUGGACACAUGUCAACUGUGCUAUCUGGUCGGCAGAAGUCUUCGAGGAGAACGACGGUUCCCUCAAGAAUGUGCAUGCUGCUGUGGCCCGAGGGAGGCAGAUGCGCUGCGAGCUCUGCCUGAAGCCUGGUGCCACGGUGGGCUGCUGCCUGUCCUCCUGCCUCAGCAACUUCCACUUCAUGUGUGCCCGGGCCAGCUACUGCAUCUUCCAGGACGACAAGAAAGUCUUCUGUCAGAAACACACUGAUCUCCUAGAUGGCAAGGAAAUCGUGAACCCCGAUGGUUUUGAUGUUCUCCGCCGAGUCUAUGUGGACUUCGAGGGCAUCAACUUCAAGCGGAAGUUCUUGACAGGGCUUGAACCUGACGCCAUCAAUGUGCUCAUUGGCUCCAUCCGCAUUGACUCCCUGGGUACUCUGUCUGAUCUCUCGGACUGCGAGGGACGGCUCUUCCCCAUUGGCUACCAGUGCUCCCGUCUGUACUGGAGCACGGUGGAUGCUCGGAGGCGCUGCUGGUAUCGGUGCCGAAUUCUGGAGUAUCGGCCGUGGGGGCCUCGGGAAGAGCCAGCUCACCUGGAGGCUGCAGAGGAGAACCAGACCAUUGUGCACAGCCCCGCCCCUUCCUCAGAGCCCCCAGGUGGUGAGGACCCCCCACUGGACACAGAUGUCCUUGUCCCUGGAGCUCCUGAGCGCCACUCGCCCAUUCAGAACCUGGACCCCCCACUGCGGCCAGAUUCAAGCAGCGCCCCUCCUCCAGCCCCCCGUUCCUUCUCGGGGGCUCGAAUCAAAGUGCCCAACUACUCGCCGUCCCGGAGGCCCUUGGGGGGUGUCUCCUUUGGCCCCCUGCCCUCCCCUGGAAGUCCAUCUUCGCUGACCCACCACAUCCCCACAGUGGGAGACCCGGACUUCCCAGCUCCCCCCAGACGCUCCCGUCGUCCCAGCCCUUUGGCCCCCCGGCCGCCUCCAUCACGGCGGGCCUCCCCUCCUCUCAAAACCUCCCCUCAGCUCAGGGUGCCCCCUCCUACCUCAGUCGUCACAGCCCUCACACCUACCUCAGGGGAGCUGGCUCCCCCUGGCCCGGCCCCAUCUCCACCACCCCCUGAAGACCUGGGCCCAGACUUCGAGGACAUGGAGGUGGUGUCAGGACUGAGUGCUGCUGACCUGGACUUCGCGGCCAGCCUGCUGGGGACUGAGCCCUUCCAGGAAGAGAUUGUAGCCGCUGGGGCCAUGGGGAGCAGCCACGGGGGCCCAGGGGACAGCUCCGAGGAGGAAGCCAGCCCCACCUCCCGCUACAUCCACUUCCCUGUGACUGUGGUGUCCGCCCCUGGCCUGGCCCCCAGCGCCCCCCCUGGAGCCCCCCGCAUUGAACAGCUGGACGGCGUGGACGACGGCACUGACAGCGAGGCCGAGGCGGUGCAGCAGCCUCGGGGCCAGGGCACUCCUCCAGGGCCAGGAGUAGGCCGGGCAGGGGUCCUCGGGGCUGCAGGGGACAGGGCCCGGCCUCCUGAGGACCUGCCAUCAGAAAUUGUGGAUUUUGUGUUGAAGAACCUAGGGGGGCCUGGGGAGGGAGGUGCUGGCCCUAGAGAGGAGUCGCUCCCCCCGGCGCCUCCCCUGGCUAAUGGCAGCCAGCCCCCCCAGGGUCUGCCUGCCAGUCCAGCUGACCCCACCCGCACAUUUGCCUGGCUCCCAGGGGCCCCGGGGGUCCGGGUGUUAAGCCUUGGCCCUGCCCCUGAGCCCCCCAAACCUGCCACAUCCAAAAUUAUCCUUGUCAACAAGCUGGGGCAAGUAUUUGUGAAGAUGGCUGGGGAGGGUGAACCUGUCCCACCCCCAGUGAAGCAGCCACCGUUGCCCCCCACCAUUUCCCCAACAGCUCCCACCUCCUGGACUCUGCCCCCAGGCCCCCUCCUCGGCGUGCUGCCCGUGGUCGGGGUGGUCCGCCCUGCCCCGCCCCCACCGCCCCCUCCCCUGACGCUGGUGCUGAGCAGUGGGCCAGCCAGCCCACCCCGUCAGGCCAUCCGCGUCAAGAGGGUGUCCACUUUCUCUGGCCGGUCCCCGCCAGCACCUCCCCCAUACAAAGCCCCGCGACUGGAUGAAGAUGGAGAGGCCUCGGAGGACAUCCCCCAGGUUCUGGGGCUUGGCAGUGGCGGGUUUAGCCGUGUGAGGAUGAAAACCCCCACAGUGCGCGGGGUCCUUGACCUGGAUCGGCCUGGGGAGCCCGCUGGGGAAGAAAGUCCUGGGCUCCUCCAGGAACGGUCCCCUUUGCUGCCACUUCUGGAAGGUGGUCCUCCCCAAGUCACCGAUGGUCCCCCAGACCUGCUGCUUGAGUCCCAGUGGCACCACUAUUCAGGUGAGGCUUCAAGCUCUGAGGAAGAGCCUCCAUCCCCAGAUGAUAAAGAGAACCAGGCCCCGAAACGGACUGGCCCACAUCUGCGCUUCGAGAUCAGCAGUGAGGAUGGGUUCAGCGUGGAGGCAGAGAGCUUGGAGGGGGCGUGGAGAACUCUGAUCGAGAAAGUGCAAGAGGCCCGAGGGCAUGCCCGACUCAGACAUCUCUCCUUUAGUGGAAUGAGUGGGGCGAGACUCCUGGGCAUCCACCACGAUGCUGUCAUCUUCCUGGCCGAGCAGCUUCCCGGAGCCCAGCGUUGCCAGCACUAUAAGUUCCGUUACCACCAGCAGGGAGAGGGCCAGGAGGAGCCGCCCCUGAAUCCCCAUGGGGCUGCUCGGGCAGAGGUCUAUCUCCGGAAGUGCACCUUUGACAUGUUCAACUUCCUGGCCUCCCAGCACCGGGUGCUCCCUGAGGGGGCCACCUGUGACGAGGAAGAGGAUGAGGUGCAGCUUAGGUCAACCAGACGUGCCACCAGCCUGGAGCUGCCCAUGGCCAUGCGCUUUCGUCACCUUAAGAAGACGUCCAAAGAAGCUGUGGGUGUCUACAGAUCAGCCAUCCACGGGCGAGGCCUGUUCUGUAAGCGCAACAUUGAUGCAGGGGAGAUGGUCAUCGAGUACUCCGGCAUCGUCAUCCGCUCCGUGCUGACUGACAAGCGGGAGAAGUUCUACGAUGGGAAGGGCAUCGGGUGCUAUAUGUUCCGCAUGGAUGACUUUGAUGUAGUGGACGCCACGAUGCAUGGCAAUGCCGCCCGCUUCAUCAACCACUCUUGUGAGCCCAACUGCUUCUCUCGGGUCAUCCAUGUGGAGGGCCAGAAACACAUUGUCAUCUUCGCCCUGCGCCGCAUCCUGCGUGGUGAGGAGCUCACCUACGACUACAAGUUCCCCAUCGAGGAUGCCAGCAACAAGCUGCCCUGCAACUGUGGCGCCAAGCGCUGCCGUCGGUUCCUUAACUGAGGCCGUGGUUGCCCACCACGACCCCUCACACCUCCUGCUGCCGUCGCUGCCAUCUUGCCCCUAGCCUGGGGGCCCCCCAGCCCCUCCCAGAGCAUCUCACCCCCAUCCUCAUGUUCAGGGUGGAUGUGGGCAUGCAGGCGACAAGGGCCCUGCCUCCACCCCUCCAGCCCACCCAGCAAUCGCCCCCUUUCUGCCCUGGGGGCCCAGGAUGUAGAUAUUGUACAAAAGUUUCUAAAUCCCUUCUUUUCUAUGCACUUUUUUAUUUAAGAGGUGGGGUCCCAGGUGGGAACCCCCCCACAAUAAAGUCUGUCAAUGUUUGGA